CUCGUCAGCACAAUCUGCCUGUUUGGUCAACUUCGGAGUAGAUUGUGUCGCAGACAAGCCUUCAACAGAAUGGAGCGAUAUGAGAGUGAGAAGCAAACUGAACAGCACGAUGCCGCAAGCAAAACCAAUCUUCACUUCACUCAACCAAUCCGUUGUAUAGUAAAACUUGGUGGAGCUGCUAUCACUCGCAAAACUGAAUUAGAGAUGAUAAAUGAGGAAACUCUUCAGAAGGUAUCAGAACAGCUUAGGCAAGUGAUGAUUGCAUCUUCGGCAAAGCCUCCUGGCAUGGAUUGGAGCAAGAGAACCGGAAAACCAGACAUUUCUUGUAACCCUGAAGAGUUCGGCGACCAUUCACUUCUUGACUGUAGGCGUUUCAUUGUUGUUCAUGGAGCAGGUUCUUUUGGGCAUUUUCAAGCUAGCAAAUCUGGAGUCCACAAAGGACAAUUGCAUAAACCACUUGUCAAGGGUGGUUUUGUUGCUACACGGAUUUCUGUAACCACCCUAAAUAUUGAAAUUGUUAGAGCACUGGCCAGAGAGGGUAUUCCUUCAAUUGGAAUGUCUCCAUUUUCAUGUGGAUGGCUCACCAGUGAGAGACAUAUGACCUCAACAGAUUUUUCCAUGGUGGCUAAAACAGUAGACUCUGGUUUUGUACCAGUUUUGCAUGGAGAUGCAGUGCUUGAUGAGAUUCAGGGGUGCACUAUUUUGAGUGGAGAUGUCAUCAUAAGUCAUCUGGCAGCACAUGCAAAGCCAGAAUUUGUUGUUUUUCUUACUGAUGUCUAUGGGGUGUAUGACCGUCCACCAACAGAACCUGAUGCAGUACUCCUAAAGGAGAUAGCUGUUGAUGAAGACGGAAGCUGGUCUGUUGUGAAACCAAAGCUACAGAACUCAAUUGAGCUAACAGUCGCAGCUCAUGACACGACCGGUGGGAUGGCGGCAAAGAUAUCAGAAGCUGCAAUGAUAGCAAAAUUUGGAAUUGAUGUCUACAUAGUCAAGGCAGCAACAAGCCACUCAUUGCGGGCCUUAAAUGGAGAUCUUAGAAGCAAUAUUCCAGACGACUGGCUCGGCACAGUGGUCCGGUCUCUCAAAUAGUACUGCCAUUUCCAUCAUCUUAUGCAUAUUUUUAAAAGCACACCUUUUGUUCUCAAUCACUUAUGGUAAGUAUAUUGGUGCACCAAAAAAAUUUAGUCAAAGUUCUGUCAUUUUUAUCUUGUUAAAUUUGUAAUUAGCACAAUUUCUUCACAUGUCAUGAAGAUUCAAACAGAGAUUUAUUUUGGCUAUCGAGGACUAUAACACUACUCUCCUCUUUUAUCCUGCUAAAUUUUUUAAUGCUUAGUAUAAUGAUGCAAGAUGAAAGAAUAUUUCUAGGGAAUCAAUGUGAUCUUCUCUCAUAAGAAAUGAUUAUGAUGUUAUAAUUUUACGGGAAAAAUUUUAUAGUUAAUGGUUAAACACCU